CUAACUUGUGUCGUAUCAACACAUCUACUGCGGAAGUAAACAACGCAAUAACUUUUAAUUUUUCGCCAAUAUCAAGCAAUGCACUCGAUAAAUAUCAAACGCAGGAGCUGCAGGAAUAAUGUCUAAUCAACAUACAUUUCACACUCCAUCUUUCGGAGACGAGGAAUUCCAUUUGCCUCAAAUACAAAACAGCGCGCUAAUGGGUCGAGAGCAAAUGAACGUCAACGAAAUAAGAAGUAACAGCGGGGUCCAGGCGGUGUGCGAUAUGACGACAACAAAUAUCAACAGCAGCGCCGCAGACAUGCAAUCCGCAAUAGCUGCAAAUAGUGUCAAUAGCCAGUGGCCGACGUUCAAUCAGGCGAACAGCAUGAAGUCCGCGGCGGAUGUCGUUACUCUGACCGGCAAUGAGUUUCUAGUUUUACGUUCGCCCACACAACAGGCAACUCCAAUUAUACCCAGCAGCGACCAUUUGAGUGCAACUGUUUCGCACGCUACACCGGCAACAGGGUUAAUGGACCAAACCGCUUCUAGCGACGAGAGCGAUGAUAAUGGAUUGGGAAAAUCAGGCAAUCGGUCACCCGGCACCGGAGCGGCCAUAAUCGAUCUGAAAAGUAAAAUGAAAAAUGACCCCAAUGCCCCGCGGAAGCCCGUUUCCGCGUACGCCCUUUUCUUUGGUGACACUCAAGCGGCCAUAAAAAGUCAGAAUCCAAAUGCAUCGUUUACGGAAAUCUCAAAAAUCGUUGCGUCCAUGUGGGAUGUACUGUCCGCCGAGCACAAGGAGGUUUACAAAAAGAAGGCGGAGGACGCCAAAAAAGAGUAUCGACGCUUGAUGACAACUUAUCGGGCUAAUUUACUUGCGAAGAGUGACGAGGAACUUAACCAAAAAACUGACAAGCCGGCCCCUCAAACCGCAGUACCGAUAGUUCAACAAGUGCAAUCUAUAAGCGAUAAUUUUCCCGCGGUAAACUCUGCUACAGCUAAUCAGCAAUCAACCAUAACGACGGCAGUCACAUCAGAUCUGCAGGAGUCAACUGUAUCACAAAACAGCGUUCAGAACGUGGAAACAUCUGGCGACAAUCACACAAAUUCUGUUACAUCAACGCAGACUUGUAUUCGGAAGGGAUGCGAUAAAGUUGCUGUGGUGAGUCCUGACUGGGAAGACGAGUAUUGCAGCAACGAGUGCGUCGUGACUCAUUGUGCUGAGAUUUUUUCGCGGUGGGUGCAGGACAAUUCCACCGCAGAAACGUACGCGGCAUCGUGAGAAAACUAGGAUUAGGUCUAGACGUGUAUUGUGUGAAAGUUUGAUGCUAUGUAGAAUGUUUAAGGUUACAUAUUCUUCCACUACUGAUCGUUAUAAUAAAAUUUAACAAUUUCAAGCA